CACAGAAACCACCCCUGUAGGCCCCCACUACCAAAACCUUGCCACGCAAACCCGAUACACAAACCCAACUUUGGUACAGUACCUGCCUGUCCUGCUGUUGCUUUCAAAGAAGGAGUGACCUGGAAGUGUCAGGGCAUCAGUUGUGGGUUGUGCUUUUUCACUCUGAAUUUGUCUUUGAGUGAUUGUAGUGAUUCAGAGGAAUGGCUGAAGCUGUGAAGAGUCCUCCUGUCGGAAGAGCAGCCUCUCAGGACCUAGUCCUUAGCCAUGCCUGCCCUUAUAUUCAUAGUCACAGCUUUCCAAAAGGCAGUCAUCAACUUCUGAGAGUCCAACUGUAUGACUAUGUUGGAGCAGCUUUUCUUGCAUCUUUUUUUUUCAGUUGAGUCAUUCCCAGAAUCAUUUGGGAGCUGAUUACUGAGUAUGUCUAUUUUUUUCCUGGGGCCCAUCAUCCAAAGGCUACCACUUUGGGAAAAUCUCCUUUUAUUCAAGCUUUUCUCGCCUGUUUUUAUACUUCAUCUGUCUCAUGUUGACUUUCAUACACAUUGUGUUGGCUUGGACUUUCUAACCUUUCGAGUGUGAAGGAAGCUCUCAGUAUUCAUCUGGGAAGCAUUAAUUUUGCCAUUUAAAACACUCCUGGAUUACCAUGAUAUUUUUAAAAUUUAGAGGCCAAGUAUAAAUAUAUUUGCUGCACACUCAUAAUGUACUCAGCCUUCUUUAAAGACCACAUAAGCUUUAUUAAUAAAAGUAGCGACAGGCUUGCUAUUAGAACCACCUCAGCUAGGAGACCUGCAUCUGAGCUGUGGAUUAUCAUGGGACUGUGCUGAGAGGACUUUGCACCAUUGCUGCUCUUUUGCCAGUGCAUGAGGCCCACUCACACCAGACACUGCAGAUAUCUGCUGCACUUUUUUUUGAUAACUGAUAAUUUUUUUGUCUCCUGGGAAAUAGAAAACUUAAAAGCAAAUCAGAAAGUUCUGAUUUGGUUUUGUUCAAAUAUAUACGUAUAUGAGAGCUAUGUCUUCUUCAGAAGAGUUCAAGAGUGGAAGGAACAUUACAGUAUUAAGCAAGGAAAAAAGGCACGUGGCCAUGGAGGCUAUGAUUCUGAUUUUAGUGAUGAGGACAGUGGAGAGAAUUCUAUGCAAAAGACUAAAAGUAAAAAGGAAGAUGUCCUUCUGAUAAAGCCAUUCCAAAAAGCAAAACAAGGCAGUGUGGUUCACAGACAAUUCGCAGCUGAAGAAUGGGAUAGGGAAGAAGCAAGAAAAAGAAGAUUUCACUUGAUAGCGAUGGAUGCUGUGUUUCAAAUGAUGUCUCUGAGGCUGAAGUGUUCAAAAAAACACAUUACAUAUUUUCCCAUGAUUUUCAUCUCCAAACUAAAGCAGUAUGAAAGACAUAAAAAGUUUGUGAAUGACUACAUUUUAUACUACGGUGGCAAAAUAGAGGAUUUCCGACGUUCUGGAGCAAAUGACAAGACGGAUCUUGAUGUUAUUAGAGAAAACCAUAGAUUCCUCUGGAAUGAAGAUGAUGAAGCAGACAUGAAUUGGGAGAAGAGGCUUGCAAAGAAGUAUUAUGAUAAAUUGUUCAAAGAAUACUGUAUAGCAGAUCUCAGUAGAUACAAAGAGAAUAAGUUUGGAUUUAGAUGGCGACAUGAGAAAGAAGUAAUUUCAGGAAAAGGUCAGUUUUCCUGUGGAAAUAAGCACUGUGAUGAGAAAGAAGGCCUGAAGAGCUGGGAGGUGAAUUUUGGUUACGUUGAACAUGGUGAAAAGAGGAAUGCGCUUGUGAAAUUGAGACUAUGUCCAGAAUGUUCCUACAAACUAAACUUUCAUCACCGGAGGAAAGAAGUCAAAGCACACAAGAAAAGAGGCACAGCUGUACCAAACUCUAAAGAGCCAAAAAUUAAGAAGACAAAAUUAUCUUGUUCAGCAAAAAAGAAGUCCAAAAAAAAGACCCAUAAAGAUCAGGUUUCUUCAGAAGAUUCAGAUAAUUCUGAUAAAGAUUCAGAUAACAGCGAUGCACAAGAUGGUCCUUCAGAUGCUGACUUUUGGAAGGGUCCUCUACAAGAAGCAGAUGAAAAAUCACGGGAGGAGGAGUUUGAUGAGUAUUUUCAAGACUUGUUUCUCUGAAGCUUGAAAUUCAUGUAGGCUGAUUUUCAUCAUGAAUUGUCAAGAUGAAAGUCUGGAAAUCCACUCAUAAGUAGGGACCAGCGACCUUUUUCUGCCAGCAUACCUUUUCUACAGUCACUCAUAUGGACUAUUUGGGUAGAUUAUCUUUGUAGAAGGCCUCAGGUCUAAAAACUUUCUUUUUCUUGUGGUAGGCUGUUUACUCAUGAAAUAAGAGAAAUAAUGUUUUCAGUUCAGUGCAAAAGGUAUAUGGCACCCAAACUUAAAAGCAGGAAGGAUGUAAACAAACAAGAAUAUAGUUUAUUGACAUUACAUCACAGAAGUUAUCCCAAACUUCAGUUAUUGCCAGAUUUUUGUAAAGGUGCAUUUUGGGUCUGUUAUUAGUUUAAAGCCAUACACUUGAAUAUAUUCAUUUUUCUAAUUUAUUAAACAAGAGUUGAAUAGCCUUAAACUUAUUAUUCAUGUAGACUUUAAUAUUCAGGUAUUGGUCUCUGCAAGUAUUUUCAAAUGCUAUUGGAGAAGUUAAAUUUUUAUCAAAUAUGUAUUUUGCUUGAAUUAGGCAAAUUAUAUCUGAAAUGUCUCCCCUACUCUAUCAAAAAGUUUAGUUCGUUGUAACUUUUUUUAAAUUUUAGUUAUAAUAUGAUGUGACUGAUAAUUCCACUUAUAAAUAUCUAGUUGGUUGGUGAAAUUUUUGAUGUAAAAAAUAAAGUGUGUGGCUUUCUACUGGAGAUGUACAUGUGACUUUUCUGUUAUCUAUGGUUUCUGAUCUCCUUAACAUUGAUUGAAUGUUAAUCCUUCUUUAAAGUGUAAUCCUAAAUAUACAAGUAAAGAAUGUAUAUUGCUUGAGAAACUUACUAGAUUCAUCUUCCUCUUCAAGUUGCAACACAACUUUAAACAUUCUUUAGUUUAUGUUUCCAAAGAAACAGUCUGCACAUGAAUAGUUAUGGUGGCUAUUUUCUUUGUUGGAUGAAAAUUACUUUGGAUAUAAAGGACAAACUUUUUUUGAAUUAAAUGUUCAUGGUAAUCUAUGGAAAGUUAAUGUUGUAUAAAAUAUAUUUUUGAUAAGUAGAUAUAUUCAUAGACAGUAUUUAUAAUAAGUAUUUGAUGUGGAAAAUGUAACAGCAGAGAUGGUUGCAGUGUAUUUAUGAACAUUUUACAUGCACUUAUAUAAAUAAGUUGAGAACUCUAUUUACAAGUAUUGCUUAACAUAAUUACAUUUUAAACAGUUUGUACUUACAUAAUAGAUGACAGUACAAGGGCAUAUUUAGGGUGUCCUUGAGUAUGAAAUAAACGUAGCCUUGCAUGAAGGCUUCUUUAGGUAAGAAGGUGGAUUUAAAGGUUAAUUCUCUGUCAUCUUGCAGGCUUGGUUGAGAGUCAAAUCCAAUCUGCAGAAAUCUCCUUACAUGUAUGCAACUUGCCCAAAGGGGCUUUUGUCAAAUGUGUUGCUAUAUUUGUUCCUUCAGGUGUUGUAUAUUAAGUAUGUGUUCUGGAUAACUAACUACUCUUUGGGUCUUUACAAUACAGUUAUAAAAAGGUACAGUGUACAUAUUAAAUACAUCAUUUAACACAGUUUGAAUAAAAUUAUAUGAUCAAA